CCACCAAACGAUGGAUUACAUCAAAGAGCUCGACAUUCGACUCGACAAGGAGUACUACUACGCUGGCGAAGUGCUCUCCGGGCGCGUAAUAAUGCACACGACGGAGAACUUCAAGCUGAAAUCGAUCCGGUUGCUGCUACGGGGCAAGGCGCACGUCGAGUGGAAGGUGUUCGUGUCCGGAGACAAAAGAACGGUGAAGGACGACCAGGUCUACAUCGACGAGCGGGCCGUCAUCUGGGGCGAGCGUGCUGGCGAGGGUCUGGACGUGACCGUACCAGUGCUGGUGCGCGGCCAGCAUCAGUUUCCGUUUCGCUUCAACAUCCCCGAAACCAACCUGCCCUGUAGCUUCGAGUCACGUGCCUGUUACAUCCGUUACUUCGUCAAGGUCACGAUCGAUAUACCGUACGCGUCGCCACCGCAAGGCAUCAAGUACUUCACUAUCAUCGGACCGCACAUAGACUGCAUGGACGAGCAGUACCUGAAACCGGUUUCGGGCCAGGAUAAGAAGGUCCGGUGCUGCCUCUGCUGUGCCAAGGGUCCCGUAACGCUCAGCUGUUCGCUCGAUCGGACGGCGUUCUGCUGUGGCGAGACGCUGAAGCUGAAAUCAAUUAUCGACAACCAGGGUGAGGAAGCGGUCCGGCUGAAGGUGCGGCUGCUCCAGUACUGCGAGUUCUUCGUCGAGCGGGGCGUACUGGGCGUGACGAAGGAGGUGCAGCAUCUGGUGGUCGAGUACAAGGGCGAAACGGUGGUGCCGGCCGAACGACAGGAUACCUGCGCCAACCUACGCAUCCCGACCGUCCCCACCACCAUGAUGGGGGUGUGCCGAUUGGCGCAGAUCUACUACACACUCGUGGCCUGCCUGGAGUUCGAUAAAUCGGGCGAUGAUUUGCAGAUUAACUUCCCCAUCACGAUCGGCACGGUGCCGUUCCGAAUACCGAACAGCAAUCUGCAGCCGCACAUAGGAUACGAUGUCGCCAUUGAUCACGUGGAAGGUGGAACGUACAUUGGGCCCGAGUUUCUGCUCGGCGAGGUGUACGAUGGUUGUAACGUGAGCGACAACGAGCAUCGUGACCUAGCCCCGCUCUACCGGCCCGUCUACCUUACCGUGGUACGCAGCUCGCAGCAGAUAUCGGCCAAAGCGGUCGAGCGCAACAAUCGACGGCAAUCGGCAUCCGCGGCUGCCGGCACUCCCGGGAGCGCGGACGGUGCCUGUGGACAGGCCAGUGGCAGCUCCGGCACCAACACCAACGGGCCCAGCAGCAGUGACCAGCACCCGCGUUACUAUCGGAAGUAGACCGGAAGCUAAACUCUGUUCUCUGCCCCGUUCUCGCGCGAUCCAUCCAUUCCAUCGACACCAUCCAUCAUCCGGGAUGGGUAAGCAAUCCUCUUUCCGGUAGUAGUUACGUAGUGUUAGUGAAGGAACUCUAUUUCUCCGAUUUGGAGAACGUUCGUACGCUAGAGAAUCGGGAGGAUGUACGGAAGAAGCGCAACUUAAGACAAGGCUGGUUCAAUUCCCGUCUGUCGAGCACCUCAUCGUAAGGGAAAUGCUAAAGCUUUAAAGUAUGAGCAUUAAUAGCGCCAUCGGACGUGAAGCGUACUAACAUGUUGUAACCCUUCAUUCAACCCCAUUAAAUGAUGCACGCACGAUCUCUCUCGUAUAUGUUUAGCCAAGUGUCUUGACGAAAAGUACGGUCACAAAUGUUCGAUAGCAACGGUUCACGGUUUCAAGGAUGAGAACGACGACGACGACGAUAUUUUCAAAAAGUAGCGAUUGCAACACAAACACCGCGAAGUGGUUGGCACAUAAAUCUCGAAGAUAAGCAUAGAAGCAUCCGUAAACACCCCAUUUAGUAAACUAAGGACACUUGCUCUCCUACCCCGGAGUGUGUGAAAAAUGUAGUUAACGUCAAGCCAACCAACCGAUAGUAGAGUACAAAAGCGCAACGCAAACGUGAGGCCACAGAAAGUGUUUUUCAAUCCACCUUCUCCUAGUUCAGGCCGUGCAAGAGGCAUGCAAGAGGCAAUUUGAAAUCGUUUGUUGGAUUUGUUUAUUUUUUUAAUGUACGAAAUCCUCCAAACAGGUGGGAAGCCCGAACAACCCAUACCAACAAACGCACACCACCACCAUUCACACUCCAAAAAGCAAAGAUCAUAAAGUGAAUAAAUAUGGAAAUAAAACGUACCCAAUGAUUCACAUUAUUCACGUUUUCUUUAUUGACUCAAACGGUAGUAGAGUUUUCAGUUUUUAUUUCAUGAUUUACGUAUGAACUCGGACGUCCUUCCAUCUCCGGCCUUCAGCCACCCCCCCCCCCCGGCAAACUUCCAGCGCGCAGUAUGUACGCGGUAUGCGCUACGGAUUGAAUAAUGGUUACGAGAAGUCUAGCACAUAAUGCUACAGUAAAUUCAUUUCAUCACGGUCACGGUUCAGCUGUCUGCUGCCAGAACUGCACACUGUCCCUUCCGGCCUGCAACACGGGCUACUAUCCACUAUCCCCUACGAUUCCCGACCGGCACCCGCCACGGGAUUAAUUUAACGAUUAGUCGGACGCCGUUUCUGCGGCGGCUAUCCGGUUCCUGCCCAGCUGUGGCCUUUCCUUUCCGGAUUACUGUUUUCUUUAUAAGUUAAACACUACUAUCUGUACGCUGUAGUUUUUUUUUUGCUAUAUUUGAUUUUUUUAUGAUUAAUAUCGCUGACGAUGCGACGGAGGAGUAGUAGUAGCUAGUAGUAACGCAACGCUUGGCUUCGGCCUUUCAUUCUGGCGAGACUUCCCUGUU